AGUACUCAACACCUCCACAAUUACAGUCCACCAACAAAAGCAAAAUCUUACACUACCAUGGCCACCUCUGCAAUCCAACAAUCGGCGUUCGCAGGCCAAACUGCUCUGAAGCAGCCAAAUGAGUUCGUUCGGAGGGUUGGUUCCUUCGGAGGUGGCCGCAUUUCGAUGCGCCGGACCGUCAAGAGCGCUCCACAGAGCAUCUGGUAUGGGCCGGACCGUCCGAAGUAUUUGGGCCCAUUCUCGGAGCAAACUCCGUCGUACCUCUCCGGAGAAUUCCCCGGCGACUACGGCUGGGACACCGCCGGAUUAUCCGCCGAUCCAGAAACAUUUGCCAAGAACCGUGAACUCGAGGUGAUCCACUCUAGAUGGGCCAUGCUUGGUGCUCUGGGCUGCGUCUUCCCCGAAAUCCUUUCAAAGAACGGAGUCAAGUUUGGCGAAGCAGUUUGGUUCAAGGCCGGGGCCCAGAUUUUCUCGGAAGGUGGGUUGGACUACCUUGGCAACCCAAACCUGAUUCACGCCCAAAGCAUUCUUGCAAUAUGGGCUUCCCAGGUUGUGCUAAUGGGCUUUGUUGAAGGGUACAGAAUUGGUGGCGGCCCACUUGGUGAAGGACUUGACCCACUUUACCCAGGUGGAGCAUUUGACCCAUUGGGCCUGGCUGAUGACCCAGAAGCCUUUGCAGAAUUGAAGGUCAAGGAGUUGAAGAAUGGUCGGCUGGCAAUGUUUUCCAUGUUUGGAUUCUUUGUGCAGGCUAUUGUGACUGGCAAGGGACCAAUUGAGAAUCUCUUUGAUCAUGUUGCUGAUCCAGUGGCCAAUAAUGCUUGGGCUUAUGCCACUAACUUUGUACCCGGAAAAUGAAGAUAGAUGGUGGUAGUUAAGCCUACUAUCAACUCUACUUUUCUUGUGAACGUGUUAUUGUACAAUCCAAGUUUGUGCUUAUGUUGAAAAUCUACUUACGUUUUUUUCCCCCUUAA